AUGAUACCUGGAGGCUUAACUGAAGCCAAACCUGCCACUCCAGAAAUCCAGGAGAUUGCUAAGGAGGUUAAACCUCAGCUUGAAGAAAAAACAAAUGAGAGUUACCAAGAGUUUGAAGCUGUAGAGUAUAAAACUCAAGUGGUUGCUGGAAUAAAUUACUACAUUAAGGUGCGAGUAGGUGAUAAUAGUUAUAUUCACAUGAAAGUAUUCAAAGGCCUUCCUCAACAAAAUCCAACUUUGACACUUACUGGUUACCAGACUGACAAAAGCAAGGACGAUGAGAUCACAGGCUUUUAG